AUGCUGAAGCCACAGACAAAGAAAAUCGAGGCCGUAAAGGACUACCCCCGACCAACAUCGAAGAAACAGAAGGGCCAGCCAGACCGGGUCAGGUGGUCGGCCGACACAGAGAGGGCCUUCCAAGCCCUGAAAGGUGCCCUCACCAGCGCGCCGGUACUGCGCAACCCGGACUUUGCCCUCCCAUUCACGGUGCACACUGAUGCGUCCGAGACCGGGCUUGGCGCCGUCCUCUCGCAAACCUUCGACGGAGAAGAACACCCGGUCCUCUAUAUCAGCCGGAAGUUGUCCCCCGCUGAGAGGAAAUACGUAGCCGUUGAGCGAGAGGCCCUGGCAAUAAAGUGGGCCAUCGAGGAGCUGCGGUACUACCUGGCUGGCCGGCACUUCGUCCUCGUAACGGACCACGCCCCCCUACAGUGGAUGGCCAUGGCCAAAGACACAAACGCCCGGGUAACACGCUGGUUCCUCGCCUUACAGGAUUUCUCGUUUCAGGUUCAGCACCGGGCGGGGGCCCAACAUGGUAAUGCAGAUGGGCUCUCGCGACAAGACGCACUCUGGGCCCACCACCGAGCGGCAGUAGGCUCGGAGCUGAGGGGGGGGUACUGUUGCGACGGACCGACAGCCGGCGCACAUAAUAAGAAAGUCGUUCCUUCCCCAACUGCCGCACCGGCACGAAGCGGACAGCCUCGUGCCAAACACACCGUCAGCCAGAAGGACCGUCACGGUGGGGCGGGACCGUUGACGCUACACCGGCCGGCGAUUGGGGAGUCCGUCGGGGAAAUUCCACCACUCAGGCGACGGCGGGGGAGGAUAAAAGGACGUGCUUCCGGCCGCGCGGGGAGAACGGCUAAGAGACAGACUCCGUGCGAGCGCGGACGAGACCGCCGGGUGGUGAGAUCGCGUUCAACGGUGGAUGACGGCACGGGAGACCCACGCGCACGUCUCGGGAACCCCGACACGCCCUCGAGAAGGUCACAACGCCAGCCACACCCCCACCAAACCCCUCGCACUCACAUACCCUCACCUUCUCACGACAGACAACUCACACACGGACAAAUAAAGCACCCAUUUUGACUGCAACCUGUCUCUUGUGGGUCUGUGCUCCGCCCUCCCCCGGGCUAAUUCCCCUACAAGGUAUGUUGUGCAUGUUUAACUCAACUGUUUUAUCCAUGUUAACUUGCUGACAUAUUGAGAUGUACUUAUAUUUUGUUUCUGAUAGUUUUUGAGUAGAUUUAAGUAAGUUUUGUCGUGUGUGUGUGUGCGUGUGGAAUCCCAUAAAACCCACAGAGUUGUUUCAUAAGGGCGGACUCAAAAUUUCGGACCUGGUCAGAGUGGAUAUGACCUGGGACCCCGAACCUAAAAAACCACUCCGUAACCAAUGCGUGUACUACCGUCUCAGCCCUCUGGUCCCUAGUCGGGACAGCCAGCGUAUAUUUACUGAACACAUCUGUUAAAACUAAAACAUUCUCAUGCCCAGAACGAGAAGGCUCAAGCAUCGUAAAAUCAAUAGCCAAGAUCUCAUUAGGCUUAGAAGCCAAGACAUGACCCAUAAAGCCCCAGGCAAGCAUUUGUUGGUUGGGUGUCCUUAGCCAGCUGACAUCGCUCGCAUUCCCGACACCACUGUGCCACUUCUGCCGACAUCCCUGGCCAAUAACAUCUCUGAUGUAUUAGUUCAGUAGUACGCUCAACACCCUGA